UCAGCGAAGAUGGCGCUGAUCUGUAUUAUGUCAGAUUUUUAAAAUUGAUUUGAACCUUUUAUCUGAGCCUUCGACGACGACGACGACGACGUGCAAGUACAAUUCCCAGUUGUCACUUUUACCCGACGUCGCAAUUGUGCCGCAACACACAAACACAAGCGGUGAUGUGCGCGAAAAGUCACGUGUAAUCUCGCGCAUAGUAUUUCGUACUUAACCUAGUCACAUUGAACCUUGAACCAUUAUCGUCGUCAAAAUUUUCGAUUUUCUGUGAAAUAUGAAUUUGCAUUAAAGAGUAGGUGAAAUUCUGACUGAACGACGAUUGCGAAGAAUCGUUGCGGAAAAUUAGCAAUCGACAAAUUCCGAAAUACAUUGGGUGAUAGAUCACCAAGUCUCGACGAAGCUGUCGUUGGAUUUAAUUUGAAUUAAAACUUUCUGACGCUGUUUGCGAGCUCUUGAUUUUGUCUUCGGAUACGUUCAAUUGGAUGCGGUUGAAAUUAACACCUGGCUGAAAUGCCGAAGAUACGGAUCAAGCAAACGCCAAACAGCCUUUGGUUGAGGCAACGCGAGUUGGGUGUAAAGUUUCCGUUGGGCCACAACGAUGACUUUCACAAGACUCUUUACUCUUCUAUACAGCCUAUUACUUCGUGGGAUCAUGGGGAUAAUUUAACCGCUGCGAGACACGGCGGUGUAUUUAAUUUGGAGUAUUCGCCAGAUGGGUCUCUCUUGCUGGCAGCAUGUGAGAAGAAAAGUAUUUUAAUGUUUGACCCAUUAUGUAGAAAAUUAAUACAUGCCAUUGACAAUGCUCAUAAUGAUUGCGUCAAUUGCGUAAGAUUCCUGGAUCAACGUAUGUUUGCUACAUGUUCUGAUGACAGUACGGUUGCUUUAUGGGAUGCCAGGAAUUUAAAACAAAGGAUAAGGACUCUUCAGGGACACUCUAAUUGGGUUAAAAACAUAGAAUAUAGUCCAAGUGAUAGUCUGUUAUUAACUAGUGGAUUUGAUGGUAGCAUAUAUACUUGGGAUAUUAAUAGCUUUACAGAGAAUAGUUUUGUGUAUACGCGUGUAUUUCACACAAAUGGAUUAAUGCGAACAAGACUUACUCCCGAUACUAGCAAAAUGUUAAUAUGCACUACGUCGGGAUAUCUCAUUGUAAUACACAAUCUUAAGCUUAGUACACUAAGUCAGGAUUUGGCUGGAUUCAAGCCAAAUAUGUACAGAUUAAUGCAAUUAUCUCAAACUACUAUACCAGUUGCCGCAAGUUUCACGCAUCUUUUUGCUCAAAAUCGUACUCACAACAGAGUUGAGUUCCUCACCGACUUUCCUAUAGGCGACGAUGCUGAGGUAAUAUCCAGUUUACAAGUUCAUCCACAGGGAUGGUGCGCCUUAUCGAGAAAUGUCAGUAGCGGUGAAAAAUCAGAGUGGACCUGCAUUCAUGACAUACAAGAACGCGAAACGUCUAGCAAUGUGGAACACGUGAAUGAGGGAGAGGAGGGCCGUUUAACGAGUUUAAACAUGGAAGAGUUUGAGGACUUUCCGCAGUCGCAGCCGUCGAGUUCGGGUAUCACGUCUUCCCUAGUAAUAGAAAGUUCAAAUCGCACCCGAAUAGUACACGACGUGUCGGAUAUGAGAUCAAACUCAUUCGAGCCACCUAUCCAUGUAUCCGCGGACGCCGCGCCGUCAUCAGUUAGAUCGUCGAGGACAAACUGGCAAGUGCGGACUCUACGUUCUCAGUCGAGAAAUCCGCGGGCGGAUAGAAAUUCGGUGAGAACAAACUUCGACAUGCUCGAAGUGAAUUCAGGUACGAGCUCCGCUGCCGAUUCAAGAGUAAAUACGAUUCACAACGAUGAUAGAUCGGAGAAUCGACAUGUAAACGAUAAUAACGAUUCGACGCACGAUGCGUCAGCUGACGACAGAGAUCGGGAGAAUGCGCGAGAGUAUAGAACUCCCAGGCUGCAAUCUCAACUCAACGACUUGCGACGACGCAAUGUGAUCGACAACUUUUCCACCGGCAAUGUGGAAUUGCACGUCAGCUCGAGCGACGUGUGGGAAGCGCUCGUGGCGAUCAGAGAAGCCAGAAAUCGUCGCGAACGAGAGAGGGAGUUUUAUCCCGGUGCCGAAAGGCGAGACUGGUUGCCCAGAUCGAAUAACGGCGUCAGCGUAAAUAUACCUCGAUCCUCCCACACGGUAGUAAUAAUUGGCGAUCGUACGCGGGUGCAGAGCCUACCGAAUCGGCAAAGUCAGAAGCCCAUGUACGCGAUACCGAGGAAUCACAAGAUUCAUCAGAACACACCCAGGUUGACGCACUACAUCGAGGAGCCUAACGUUGGCUCCGGGUAUAUUAAAGAAUUGUGCUUCUCGGCCGACGGUAGACUGAUAUGCUCACCAUUCGGUUACGGAGUACGGUUAUUAGCGUUCUCGAACAACUGCGCCGAGUUGUCCAAUUGCGUCCCGCCCGCCAACGAGUCCGUGCAGCUUCACGAGCUAGCGACGCACAUUGGUCAUUCCGAUAUUGUGGUCAGCACGAAAUUCUCACCCAAACACUAUUUGCUCGUAUCCGGCUGUCUUAGCGGUAAAAUCGUCUGGCAUCAGCCGGUAGUUUAGCUAAAUUGACAAAUACUUUAGACACUUGGUUAUUUUCCAUUAAUUCGUCUCUUGAUAGAUAGGUAAGUAUACUUUGCCACUCUGUGUAUAAGAUCAUGCUGACUGUGCGAUGAAUCUUUUUUUUUUUUUGUUAAUUAUAUUAUUUUUACUUGAUAUAUACAUAUACGAACAUUUAAUCAUGAAUAUAUAAAGCAUAAGUAAUUAGAGCAUGAUAUUUCAAUUUUUAUUGUGCAACUGUAAGAUACAUGAUAUACAUUUAUAAAUAAUCUGGACAAUUAAGUUUGUACACAUUAACAGAUAUCAACAUGAAGAAUAUUCAUAUCAAAAGAUGAGUCAAUUAUUUAAUAGAAACAAUCUUGCCAAACAAUCUAUCCGUCUAACUAGUGACUUUUAAUUUUUCAACUAGUUAAUAUCACUUGGAUUCUUUAAAUAUGCUUUCGAAAAAAAAGUCUGAUUUUUGAUUUCAUGAAAAAUGCAUCAAAUCUAACGAUAUUUAUAUACUCUUGAUUAAAAAAACCACUGCUUUUAUUUAUUAGCUUAAGUAGUAUUAUACAAGCAUAUUUGGACAUGGACAAAGACAAGUGAGAUAAACUUCCAAUUAAGUAUUCAUUCGUUAUGAUUCACUGUGCAGUAUUGAUCGCAAAUAUUGAAUAUUUGCAAUCCAAGAAUAAAUCUAAUUUUAUAAAUUUUGAUUAAAAAAGAGAAA